GCUGCUGGCGGUUAUCAAGUCAGCCUGAUAGGCGGCAGCGCCUGGGCUACUGCCACCCCACUAGGCAGAGGGGAAUAAAGGACGCUGCGAGGGGGUCUUCAGCAGCCAAUCCCACAGCAGACCUUGGUCAGGUGGUUUCUGGAAAUCGAAACCAGACUUGGUUUUCUGAAGCAUUUCCUGGGACCCGUCUGGAGUGCUCCACCCUGGGAGGGUUUGGGGCUGAAGGACCCAUCUGCAGAGGGCUCCGCAGCUGCAGGAGGGAGCCCAGCACAACUUCAGUAGCUGCCUCAGCAGGGCCAUGGCUCUCCCCUGCCUUCUCUGGAUGUGGCUGCUGGUCCCAGGGAUUCAAGGGUCUGCGGAGACUGGGACACCCCUGGGCCCGGACGAGAUGCAGAUGAGUGAAAUACAGAGGAACCCCUCCAUCCGUCCAUCAGUGGGAGCCAGCAGAGCCAAGCAGGGGUUGCCAAUCAAACCGGCCAGCCGCUGGGGCUUCCCUGAGGCCAUGGCCUUUGGACACAGAUCAGGUGUGAAGGACGGGGACAUGCGGCUGGUCAACGGGGCCGCAGCUAACGAGGGCCGCGUGGAGAUCUUCUACGAAGGCCAGUGGGGCACGGUGUGCGACAACCUCUGGGACCUUACUGAUGCCAGCGUCGUCUGCCGGGCCCUGGGAUUUGAGAACGCCACAGAGGCACUGGGUGGAGCCGCCUUCGGACCAGGAACGGGACCUGUCAUGCUGGAUGAGGUGGAGUGCACGGGGUCAGAACCCUCACUGGCGGACUGCAAGUCCCUGGGCUGGCUGAAGAGCAACUGCAGGCACAAGAAGGACGCCGGCGUGGUCUGCUCCAACGAAACCAGAAGCGUCCACACCCUCGACCUCUCCGGGGAGCUCUCCUUUGCGCUCGGCCAGAUCUUCGACAGCCAGAAGGGCUGUGACCUGUUCAUCCAGGUGGUGGGACAGGGGACGGAGGAACCAGUCCUGGACCUCUGUGCCCACACACUGAUCCUGACUGCCAACCCCGAGGCACAGGCCCUGCUGGGGGAGCCGGGCAGCAACGUCACCAUGAGCGUGGACUCCGAGUGCAUGCCUGUGGUCAGAGACUUUGUCAGGUACUUCUACUCCCGGAGGAUAGAGGUCUCCCUGCCAUCAGUCAAGUGCUUCCACAAGCUGGCCUCUGCCUACGGCGCCCAGCAGCUGCAGGACUACUGCGGGCGCCUCUUCGCCAUACUGCUCCCUCAGGACCCCUCUUUCCACAUGCCCCUGGACAUCUACGCCUAUGCACUGGACACUGGAGAUGCCCUUCUGGAGGAGCUGUGCGUGCAGUUCCUGGCCUGGAACUUCGAGGCCCUGACGCAGGCUGAGGCCUGGCUGGGUGUCCCCACAACCCUGCUCCAGGCGCUGCUUUCCAAGAGCCAGCUGGCUGUGCCCAGCGAGCUGGCCCUGCUCAAGGCCCUGGACGCCUGGAGCAGGGAGAGGGGUGCCUCCCACUGGGAGGAGGAGGACCUGGUCCAGCAGGUCCGCUUCCCCAUGAUGCUGCCCGAGGAACUCUUUGAGCUGCAGUUCAACCUGUCCCUGUACCAGGCUCACGAGGAACUGUUCCAGAAGAAGAUCAUGCAGGCCCUGGAGUUCCACACUGUUCCCUUCCGGCUGCUGGCCCAGUACCGAGGCCUGAACCUCACUGAGGACACCUACAAGCCCCGGAUGUACACCUCGGCCACCUGGAGCGCCAUGGUGACAGCAGACUCCUGGAACCGUCGGAACCAGAAGCUGCAGUAUUGGUCCAGAAAGGAGUACACUCCAACCCCCUACGGCUACCAGUAUGGGCCCUACCAGUCCUUCCAGACCCCACAACACCCCAGCUUCCUCUUCAGGGCCAAGCAGCUGUCCUGGUCUCUGGUCUACCUCCCCACCCUCCAGAGCUGCUGGAACUAUGGGUUGUCCUGCUCUGCCAGUGAGCUCCCUGUGCUGGGCCUCACCAAAUCCGGCUACCCGGAUCCCACCAUUGGCUACGAGAACAAAGCCCUGAUGCUCUGCGAAGGGCGCUUUGUGGCAGAUGUCACUGACUUUGAGGGCUUAAAGGCUAUGAUCCCCAGCACUGCAGGCAGCAACAGUUCCAGGAGAGCUUCCUUCUUCCCCUGCACCACGGGGGCCUUCAGCGGCUUCCGAGUGACAGUCCGCCCCUUCUACCUGACCAACACCACCAGCCUGGACUAGACAGCAUGGCCCGGGGCUGGCCUGGGGCUGAGGCGAGGUAACGGCAACCUGGGAAAUCGGGCAUGCCCCAGAUACCCACGCUGAGGGCUCCUUCCUGCACCUCCGUCCUCUCUGCAGCCACUCCAGCAACUGGCCACCAGAUGUCCCCCCGCCUCUACCAGUCUCUGAGCUUAAAGAAAUUGCUGGAAGCUUUCUCCAUGAAUGCUGGGAAUUCCCAGGAGUCCCACUGCCUGACUGACUUCCAGGUCAGAAAGCAACAAGAUGGGACCAAGGCCUCCGUGGGACUCCCUGUGCCCCCGUGCUCUCGCUCAGACCACACUGCCGCUGCUCUGAGGUCAUUAAAAUCACGUUCUGCUUCCCA